UGUUUUCAUUUCGGUACAUUGAUUUCGUUCUGAUAUAAUUUCUCUCUGUAGUGAAUCACACACAGCAAAGUCCUCCUUGCUUUCCUCGCUUUCUUUCUUUCCCUGUCCGAGACACAGAGGGAGGGCAGUCUAUUUGCGGAUCUCACUCUCUCUCGAUCCAGAGCAAGAGGGUAUGCAUCGCCUGAGUUCUUCUGCCUCCUCUGUUUAGCAACUGCUAGAUGCUGAUAGAAAUUGGGUUUAGUACAAGCAACAUUAUACUGAUAUGGGUCGCUUAAAGCUGCAAUCAGGAAUUAAAGCAAUGGAGGAAGAAUCUGUGGGAUGUGACUCUUCCUAUUCUAAUAAAGCUACUUUAGCAUGCAUGAUCAAUGCAGAAGUAGGUGCUGUAUUGGCAGUUAUGAGGAGAAACGUAAGAUGGGGAGGUCGUUAUGUGUCUGGUGAUGAUCAAUUGGACCACCCUUUGAUUCAGUCUUUGAAGGCAUUGCGGAAGCAAAUUUUCUCAUGUCAGCAUCCAUGGCAUACCAUCAAUCCUGCUGUGUAUCUCCAGCCAUUUUUGGAUGUAAUUCGAUCUGAUGAAACUAGUGCCCCAAUCACUGGAGUUGCAUUGUCAUCUGUUUACAAGAUUUUAACUGUCGAUGUGAUUGAUCAAAAUACUGUAAAUGUUAAAGAUGCCAUGCACUUGGUAGUUGAUGCUGUGACAAGUUGCCGAUUUGAAGUGACAGAUCCUGCAACGGAAGAGGUGGUGCUAAUGAAGAUACUUCAGGUUCUUCUUGCUUGUAUGAAAAGUAAAGCAUCUGCCACACUGAGUAAUCAGCAUGUCUGUACCAUAGUGAACACUUGUUUCCGUAUAGUUCACCAAGCUGGAACUAAAGGUGAAUUGUUACAGCGGAUAGCUCGUCACACAAUGCAUGAACUUGUUAGAUGCAUUUUUUCCCUCCUGCCAGAUGUUGACAACAAAGAAUAUGCAAUGGUCAAUGGAGUUAGUCCUACCAAACAGGAGAUUCGUGGUCUAGAUAAUGAUUACAGCUUCAGUAGCAAACAAAUGGAAAAUGGCAACAAUGGCUCUGAAUUUGAUGGUCAAGCAUCCUCUGUAAGUUUUGGUUCCAGUGCUUCCUCAGAUCUGGUGGCAACUGUAAUGGAGGAAAACACAAUUGGAGUUCAUAGUGGAAAAAAUGCCCUUCCACAUGAUUUGCACCUCAUGACACAGCCAUAUGGUCUCCCCUGCAUGGUGGAGAUAUUUCACUUCUUGUGUUCUUUAUUAAAUGUUGUUGAUCAUAUGGGAGUGGGUCCGAGGUCUAAUACAAUAGCUUUUGAUGAAGAUGUGCCUCUUUUUGCACUGGGCUUAAUUAAUUCAGCUAUAGAAUUGGGUGGGCCUUAUAUUCGUCAUCAUCCCAAGUUAUUGAGUUUGAUUCAAGAUGAACUAUUUUCUAACCUGAUGCAGUUUGGCUUGUCAAUGAGCCCACUUAUUCUCUCAAUGGUUUGUAGUAUUGUUCUCAACCUGUAUCACCAUUUACGUGCUGAACUCAAAUUGCAGCUUGAGGCUUUCUUCUCUUGUGUGAUUUUAAGACUUGCACAGAGCAGAUAUGGUGCUUCAUACCAGCAGCAGGAGGUUGCAAUGGAGGCUCUUGUAGACUUCUGCAGGCAGAAAACAUUUAUGGUGGAGAUGUAUGCUAACUUAGACUGUGACAUAACAUGCGGUAAUGUGUUUGAAGACCUAGCUAAUUUGUUGUCAAAGAGUGCAUUUCCAGUGAACUGCCCUUUGUCUGCAAUGCACAUUCUUGCACUGGAUGGUCUCAUUGCUGUUAUUCAAGGGAUGGCUGAAGGGAUAGACAAUGGAUCGGUUGGUUCAGAACAGGCUCCAUUGAACCUUGAGGAGUAUACACCCUUCUGGAUGGAAAAGUGUGACAACUAUAGUGAUCCUACUCAUUGGGUUCCCUUUGUCCUCCAGAGAAAGCAUAUCAAGAGGAGAUUGAUGAUUGGAGCUGAUCACUUCAACCGUGAUCCAAAGGAAGGCCUGAAAUUUCUCCAGGGAACGCAUCUCUUACCUAACAAACUUCACCCCCAAAGUGUGGCCUGCUUUUUCAGAUACACUGCUGGGUUAGAUAAGAAUGUUAUUGGAGAUUUCCUGGGAAAUCAUGAUGAGUUUUGCGUUCAGGUUCUUCAUGAAUUUGCCAGGACUUUUGAUUUCCAAGGUAUGAAUCUGGAUGAUGCUCUGCGGUUGUUCUUGGAAACUUUUAGGCUGCCUGGAGAAUCUCAAAAAAUACAAAGGGUACUUGAGGCCUUUUCUGAGCGAUACUAUGAGCAAUCACCACAGAUCCUAGCUAACAAGGAUGCUGCUCUUUUAUUAUCAUAUUCUCUUAUAAUGCUCAACACAGAUCAGCAUAAUGUACAGGUGAAAAAGAAGAUGACAGAAGAGGAUUUUGUACGAAAUAAUAGGCGCAUCAAUGGAGGCAAUGACUUACCUCGGGAAUUCUUGUCUGAACUGUAUCAUUCAAUAUGCAAGAAUGAGAUCCGCACUACUCCAGAACAAGGAGCUGGCUUCCCUGUAAUGACUUCGAGUCGUUGGAUUAGUCUGAUACACAACUCCAAGAAAACUUCUCCGUUCAUUGUAUAUGAUUCAAAGGCAUACCUUGACCGAGAUAUGUUUGCUAUAAUGUCAGGUCCCGCAAUUGCUGCUAUUUCGGUUGUGUUUGAUCAUGCAGAACACGAAGAUAUUUACCAGACAUGCAUUGAUGGAUUCUUAGCCGUUGCAAAAAUUUCUGCAUGUCAUCAUUUCGAACAUGUACUGGAUGAUCUAGUUGUGUCUCUAUGUAAGUUCACAACCCUCUUGGAUCCAUCAUAUCCAGAGGAACAUGUGCUUGCCUUUGGUGAUGACACUAAAGCCAGGAUGGCAACUGUGGCUCUUUUCACCAUUGCAAAUAGAUAUGGUGAUUAUAUUCGUACAGGUUGGAGAAAUAUUAUGGAGUGCAUUUUGCGGUUGCACAAGCUUGGUCUUCUUCCAGCAUGUGUGGCCAGUGAUGUGGCUGAUGAAUCAGAAACUUCUGCUGACCCUGGACAUGGGAAACCUAUUACAAAUCCUUUGCCUUCAGCUCAUAUGCAAUCCACGGGAGCUCCCAAGAAAUCUUCUGGCUUGAUGGGCCGGUUUAGUCAGCUCCUAUCUCUUGAAACUGAGGAGCCAAUAUCUCAACCCACUGAGGAAGAACUUGCUGCUCAGCGACGCACCCUUGAAACUAUCCAAAAAUGUCAUGUUGAUAGCAUAUUUGCUGAAAGUAAAUUCUUGCAGGCUGAAUCCUUAGAACAGCUUGCACAAGCACUCAUCUGGGCAGCAGGUGGGUCUCAGAGAGGGAACAGCUUUCCUGAGGAUGAAGAUACUGCAGUUUUCUGCCUGGAGUUGCUGAUUGCAAUUACUCUUAACAACCGGGACAGGAUUGUGCGGCUGUGGCAGAGUGUUUAUGAGCAUAUAGCUAAUAUUGUUCAGUCCACUGUAAUGCCUUGUGCCUUGGUAGAGAAGGCUGUGUUUGGACUCCUUCGAAUUUGUCAACGAUUGCUUCCUUACAAAGAGAACCUGGCCGAUGAACUUUUAAGGUCGCUGCAACUUGUUUUGAAACUAGAUGCUCGUGUUGCUGAUGCUUAUUGUGAACAAAUUACAGUGGAAGUUAGUCGCCUCGUAAAAGCAAAUGCUACACAUAUCAGAUCUCUAAUGGGGUGGCGUACAAUUACGUCCUUACUUUCCAUUACAGCUCGUCACCCUGAAGCUUCUGAACCUGGAUUUGAUGCAUUGUCGUUCAUUAUGAGUGACGGAGUCCACUUGUUACCGGCCAAUUAUGUCCUCUGGGUGGAUGCAGCAAGGCAGUUUGCAGAGUCUCGUGUGGCAGAGGCAGCAAGGUCUGUGCAUGCACUAGAUCUUAUGACAGGCUCCGUUGAUUGUUUAGUUCGGUGGUCUCACGAGGCUAAGGAGUCAUUGGGGGAGGAGGAAGCUGCAAAGUUGUCUCAGGAUAUUGGGGAAAUGUGGUUGAGGCUUGUGCAGGGAUUAAGAAAAGUUUGUUUGGAUCAGAGAGAAGAAGUUAGAAACCACGCACUUCUAUCAUUGCAAAAGUGCUUGACAGUAGUGGAUGGGAUCAAUCUCCCACCUGGUUUGUGGUUGCAGUGUUUUGAUCUGGUAAUCUUUACAUUGCUUGAUGACUUGCUUGAAAAUGCUCAGGGACACACCCACAAGGGGUACAGAAACAUGGACGGCACACUAAUCAUUGCUGUAAAGCUCCUCUCAAAAGUGUUUUUACGGUUACUCCAUGACCUUUCACAAUUAACAACUUUCUCUAAGUUAUGGCUGGAAGUUCUCAGCCGAAUGGAAAAAUAUCUAAAGGUUAAAGUAAGAGGGAGGAAGAGUGAGAAGCUUCAUGAAGCUGUGCCUGAGCUUCUUAAGAACACCUUGCUUGUAAUGAAGACCAGUGGAGUGCUUGUACAAAGUAGUGCCUCAGGUGGAGAUAGCUUGUGGGAACUAACGUGGCAGCAUGUGAAUAAAAUUGCACCAUCUUUGCAAUCUGAGGUGUUCCCUGAUCAAGAAUUGGAGAAGUUGCAGCCUAAGAAUGCUGAAUCGGGUGGAGGUAUUAUGUCUGAUGAAACAGGUUCUGUUCCUCCAAAUGUAUCAGUGGCUUCUGGCGGUUGACAUGAGCGCAGUGUUUCAUACUAUCCUGCAUUAGUUUGUUGUUACAUGUAGCUAUGAGCACAAUAUUUGCAAGCACUGAGGCGGUACAUUUUCAUGAACGAACACCAAAAAUUAACUGGACUAUUGGUACAUGCCGUCGGACGCAAAUUGCACAGAAGAAAGGAGCCAAAAUUGUGAACGUUGUUUUAAGAGAAGUAAAAAAAGGUUUGAUUUUUCCUACUAAUGCUCAUCUCUGCUUUCAUGAAACCUGGCCAGAGUUUGUUGUCAUUACCAAAUUGCGGAUUUCCUGAAGAUACAUAUGCAAAUGAGUGAUUCAACUGUGUAGGAAGAUUUUGGAGAUGUGAAUUUGUACUUUGGAGACGUGAUUCAACAUGUGAUUUUGUAUUUUGACGAUUUUGAAGAGAACAAUUUGUCUCAUAUAUACUGUGUAGGAAAUUUUAGCCUAUAUAAUGAAGAGUUCAAUUUUUUCUGAAGACUAA